AUGAUUCGACUUUCACUAGUGUUGUGCUGCUCGCUGUGUCUCGUACUGCUUCAUGUGGUUCCAGUUCAAGCCACACCAGAGCAAUCAUCAUCAUCAUCAUCGGAUAAAUCGGAGGCCAUGAAGGUGAUGACUUACAUUACCGAGUUGGAACAUCAAAAAGGGAAGCUAGUAGACCCAGUGAACGUGGUGCAAGUACUAGACAAUAGUAGUCCAGAAUCUCAGUUGUCCUCCUCCAAUCACAGAAGAAGAAGAACAGAGACUCUCCUGAGUCAAAGCAGAAGUAGCAGAAGUAGCAGCAGCAGCACUGGUCUGCGAGGGACCAAUGCUGGUACUGGUAAUAGACCUCCCAGCCGAUUUGACGUCAUUUACGGCACAGCAGCAUCAUCACCAGCGGCACAACAAGAGACCACAAGUACAGCGACAAGUACUAGUAGUCGAGAAGAGACAAGUUCUAGUAGUAGUAGUAAAGGACAACAACGAGACUUGCAAAAUGAAAUCAUACUCCAAGAUGACUCUGAGCUGAUGGAGGUCAACUACACUCACUCCGCAUCGCAAUUCCACGAGACACAUCCGGGAUACAUUCCUCCACACACCAACGCCACUGUACCGGGACAACUCGACCGUGCGCGCAUCAAGGAACUGUUGCCGGACGACGCCAUUGGUCCGUUUCGAAUUCGCAUGGAAUGGCACGAAGAAUCCUGUUGGCAAGGCGAUUGUGAAUACGAACUGGAUUGGUGUAUGCAAUGCGAAGGAUACGAAUGCAACGAAGGCGACAUUCUAUGGAUUGAACUCUGUCGCAACAUUGAUCAGCAAUUGUUUGUGUGGAUACCUGCACAAGACGAAGCCGACUUUACUCCCGAACAAGAUGAAGAACCGGAAGGAGCGCCUUUUGAUGAUGACAAGAAAAAGAAACGACUCUUACAGCAAAAUCUACUACAGCACAUUAAUAUUCACGUGCUGGGAGGAGCGGUCAGCAGCAGAGUCAAUCAACAGAAUAUCGACUCCGAUCAACAACAGCCAGAAACCAUUUCACUUCCAACCAUGACUCCGACUUCCAGUCCUACCAAUGCCACCUCAUCGCCCACAGCCGAUUUGGAUGAUACAACCACCAAUACCAAUACUACUACUGAUAUGGGUCUAUCCGUUGCCAACAUGACUGCCUUUCAAGUUGUAGUGGAGGACCUAGAUGAGACCAAUCCGCAUCAUGACUUCAAUCAGCAUCAUCCCGUAUUGGAAGGAAAAGACGUAGAGAUCAUUACAGACAAUCCGUCGCAAUAUCCGUCCACAAGUCCAACGGUAACGCCGUCCAAUCAGCCUUCCCUGCGGCCCUCCAUUACGCCUGCACUUUCACCGUCUAUCCAGCCAUCCAAUCAACCGACGAGUAGUCCCUCUGUUGCGGCAUCACUCCCACCGUCCAUCCAACCCUCGAAGCAACCAACAAGUAGUCCCUCCGUGAUUCCAACCAAUCAACCGACCACGGGUCCUUCGCAAUAUCCGUCCAGCAGUCCUACCACAACUCCAUCCAAUGCCCCUUCUUGGAGUCCAACCGAAACUGCCUCGCUUCCACCUUCCGAAGUGCCACUCACAAUGGCACCGACGGACAGUCCUUCCAAAUCACUCUCCUCCACAAUACUGUCGCACGCACCCUCGGAGAGUCCCACCGAAAUGCCCACAUCCAGUGUCACGGAAACGAUUGAACUCACGGAUAUUCCCACGGGAGGACCCACCGCACAUGGCUUUGACUGGUCCACAGCACCCACCAGUAACAAUCCUACCGAAACUCCAACCACACAACAACUACAAGAAGACGUUGACAAUUUCGCCUUUGAGUUUCCUACCGAUCCUCCGACACUGUCGCCGGCCAGUACCCAUCUCGGUGUCUUCAAAGUGGCCGAUCUCUCCAAAAACUUGUGUCUCGAUCGCGUCCACCUAAAUCGGUACAACUUGCGAACGUGCGAUCAGUCCGUCUCGCAACUCUUUUACGGAGUUCCCCACAAGGAACAUUUGCAUCAUUCUUUUGAAUUACGGCCACGACAAAAGUACGCCAUUGAUCGUAUUGACGCGCGGUGUGUCAACAUGCAUCAUCAUCCCCGCAAUUACGAGGAAAUCAUCAAUACCAGUUGCGAAUUGGCGCGCCAUUACCACACCAGUCGAUGGGGGAUUGUACUCGAUGACAAUAACAAUGAUGAUGACACCAACGGCAAGAACUUUGCGCACAAUCAAAACAAAAACAUCAACACAUUCCUCAUGGGAUUCGACGAAUCGCCAUUGGAAUUGACGGGGAAUCCCAAUCUGUAUACAUUGCUCGAACCGCGACGGAAUCCACGGUGUAGCAUCUACACGCAAUGCGGGGUCUGUCAAGGGCAUUGUCAAAGUGAUGAUGACUGUGUGGGCAGUCUCAAAUGUUUCGAGAGGAGUUGGCCCAAUCCUAUAGAAGCUCCACCGGGGUGUCAAGGGGAAGGGGUUCCUCGUAUUGACUACUGCUAUGCUGUCCCCGGUAACUAGUAGGCAUGCAGCUAUAAGCGGAACACACAUUUCUUGGGAAAAAGAGGCAAACGAGUAGUGUCAAUGUUUGACGGAACGAGCAGCUAUCUUUGUUGUGUGUCUCUGAGGAGCAACAACUGUUGUCCAAUCCAUCAUCUAUUGAUACGGUGAACUAACAUCUUGUAGCAUAGUAUCAGGACAAUCAAACUCCUUCAACGAAUGAAGGAUACUACCAUUCAUGCUAGUGUUUGGCUCCAAUGCUUUGGUUAAUAGCUCGCUAUUUAAAAAAGGUUCACCCAAGA